AUGGAAAGACUCAGCACGCACAGCAACGGAAAGCAGGCCACACUAACGCUGACUUUUCCUCGCGCCCUCUCCUUCCGUCUUGUUGCCAGAGAACGACCAGCGUCUUGCCAGAAUAAGAACAUAUCCCCGAAGGCGCUUGGAGGUCGAUUGAAAGGUAAGGCAAGAAAGGAGGCCCAACAACAGGAGUCAUCUUCUUUCUCCCUUGCUCCAGCAUUUCGCCUACGCUUGGCUCAAUUUACAGAGCUUGCUCACAUCAUUGUCAAAAACAAGAGACUCAGUAUUCCAGAAACCUUCGUCAAUCUACUGCAGCAUACAGUCAAACUCCGAAGAGAGUAUUCCAGCCUUUUCGCCUCAUCUGAAGAAGACCCUUCGCUUCGCGAGUCGAACGCGACGCACGACUACUUCAUCGAUACACUGGAAGGUGUCCUCAAUAUAUUGAAAUCUCAGCACGCUUCCUAUUGUAAAGGACCCGAAGUUUCGCGGACGACAAAACCGGAUGCAAAGGAAGCCAGUCUGGAGAACCGAUUUGCUGCCCUUGAGGUCCAUGAGCCAACAGAGACAGAAGUGGACGACUUAAGCACUCCAACAUCGGCUCGGCAAGGGCAGCCAAAACGGCGCCAUGUUGUAUGCGAGGCCGAGGACCAUGACGUACGCUUUGCAGUCCUUUGCUGCUUUGCCGAUCUGCAAAGCAUUCGCCAGUUCAUCCAGAAGACAUGGGAAGACUAUAAGCUCAGCAAAGCGAGUCUCAUGACAGCAUCCACUGUGACGGACACUGCAUUUGAUGCGGUCCGCCAGGCGGAUGGUGAACUUCACGAGGCCUUUCCGUCGCUUGAGAAGUAUAGACCAGUCAGUUUAUUGUUCUACCUCAGAUUUUGCAUGGUCAGUGGCGUGGACGCUAUGUACAAGGAGGCGCCAGAUGACUUGUUCAACUACGAAAUCACAGACAUGGCAGAUUUUAUCUACAUGCCUACUACGCAGAUCCUCUUCGAGUGGGAACGUCGAUUCCCAAAUCAGGUAGAACCUGAGGCGUCUAGGAAAUCACGUAGCGACUGCGAUGCUAGCAGUAGUCCCACGGUGUCUGGCAAAGCCUACGCUGAAGUCCAAGCAAAGCUUGCCGAGGACGAAAUAUUCUUGUUGGAGACAUUAACUGAGAUCGUCUACCUUGGCCUAUUUGGCCUUGCCAUCCCUGGCGAAGAUACAAUGAUAGCAGGUCUUAGGGAAGUAGCAAGGGGUCAAAAGUCAAUUUCUGGUUGGCUCUGCUUCGCUACUCAGGUCUUUCUUGACAUUAACAAAGUUACCGGCAGUGAUUAUCGGAAGGCUUUUCAGGAAUUACAAAUCGCAGGUCGAGACGCGAUAGCAACACUAGAGAAUAUAGAGAGAAUAGGCCAGCUGCAACCCAAAGCCCAAGUUGGCUCUCAAUACAAGCGGCUAGCGAAGGACUCUCGCUUCGAGAGAACGAUUUACUAUAUCCAUGGCUACAUCCUCGAUGACAACGCUGAGAUUAGGCAACGGUUUACUUGCACGACACGGUAUGUGCGAAUCAUCCGGAACCGCGCAGGCUUCUCGUUCGUGACCUGCUUCUCUGUGGUCUGA